AUGACGGACAACAGCUCUACCACCAACAGCACCACCCAGCCACUCCCCAAGGUCCUCAUCUCUGGCGCGAGCAUUGCUGGCCCAGCCCUAGCCCGUUGGCUUGGCCGCAACGGCUUUUCCGUCACUGUCGUUGAGAAGUCUCCCUCCAUCCGCCCCGGUGGCCAGGCCGUCGACUUCAAGGGCGACACCCACAUGCGCCUGCUGCACGCCAUGGGCGUGUACGACGACAUUUGGGCCGCGCAGACAUCCAGGACCGACUGGCGGAUCAUCAAUGCCAAAGAGGAGGUACAGGCGAUUUUGCCCGGCGAGUUUCUCGGUGGCAACGUCGAGAUCCUGCGCGGCGACCUCGCGGACAUCCUGUAUCGCCACAGCGCCAAGGACGCCGCGUACGUCUUUGGCGACGAGAUCACUGCGUUACACGAUGACGGAGGCGGGGUCGAUGUGGAGUUUGCCCACAGGCCGCCGGAGCGGUUCGACCUCGUGAUCGGCGCCGACGGCGUACACUCUGCUGUGCGGCGUCUAGCAUAUGGGCCCGAGGACGACUAUCUCGUCAAGACUGGAUUCUACUACGCCAUCGCGUCGGCCCCCGUUCCCUUGGAGAAUCUCGAGAUCAAGCUCGCCGACGGCCGCGCGGUCGCAUACGCCUACAGCGAGCCGUACCGAUUUGCGUGCUUGGGCGGACAAAAGGCUCCAAGCCUGUUCAUUUUUGCGGGCAAGGAGGGCAGCAAGUACGACCGCAGGUCUGCAGUGGCACAACACGAGUUUCUCGAUAGCCACUUCAAGGGCAGCGGCUGGCGCAUCCCACAAGCUCUCGCAGCCGUCGGCACCACGGACUUUUACAUGGACGAGCUGGUACGCACCAAGAUGGACACGUACACCCGGGGACGUGUGGCGCUGGUCGGCGACGCGGGAUACGCCAACACGUUGGGCGGGUUCGGCUCGGGCCUCGCCUUGAUGGGCGCGUACGUCCUGUCCGGCGAGCUCGUCAAGUGUCAUGGAGACUAUGCGGCGGCCUUUGCAGAGUACGACAGGGUCAUGGCCAAGCCCGCCAGUGUGGCCAAGACGGGCAAUGCGGGAGAGUUCUUUUGCCCGCCAAGCUAUUGGCGAAUCUGGCUGCGUAACUUGUCCUUUGCCAACUCAUGGACACGAGCGGGCAUGGUGUGGGUGGCUAAUUGGAUGGCGACGGAUGAGUCAAUGCCAGUGUAUGACAUGUUGUAG